UAAAACGCAUCUUCAGCACUCGGUGGUACUGUGGGAUAGGGUCGGCUCCUCCGUUCGUUGAUGCUGUGUUGAAAUUGAGGAUUUCCUUCUUUCGUCUGUUUAUCUGGUUUUCUGCAUUGUCCAACCCACGUGCGUCAAACCCGGAUCGCGAAGGAUAAAACUUGGUGCAAAGGCAUUGAAGAAUUCUGGAGUUGACUAAAUCAUCAGGAACGCUGGCCACCUUAUAAAGUCUGGGAACUUUCUUCUCUCUAUUAUCCUGUGGUGGGGGUCGUCUGCUCAAGAGUUAUCUCCCUUUUUCGCCUGCUUCCUAGCAAUAAUUGAUCAUUCAUUGGUUUGUGAUCACCCGUUUUCAUUUGGAUAUUUUUGAAAUUUAAUUUAAACCAGGAACAAACAGGACAAAAUGUUGCUCAUCACUCCCGGAGAUUCCUACUUGGCCCGGGCUUACUAGGCCGCUCUCCGGUAUGGCAAGGAAAAGAGCUAUGACUCCAGCUUUCAGCACCGGGAGCAACCGUAGCUACUCCAGAAGGGGGUUCAGCGUGCCUAGGUUCUACGACGACACUUACGUCCCCCGUUAUGUCCCACAUAGACAGUUCCUCGACACAACAGGGGAGGAGAAUUCCAUCCGUAAGAGCGUGAACCGUGAACUGAUGCUGACCAGCCACUUCGUGGACGAUGCCUACGACCUGGCCAGCAGCUCGCACAAACGUGACGAAGAGGUCCUCAAGCACGCCUCCCAGGCCAUCCCCCCGUCAUCAGCAACAAACGACCCUUUGCCUACUACUCAUCUGAAGGCUUCCGCUCCACCUAAACCCUUUAGGCGUUUCCAAACAGCAGAUUCUUACAGAGGGGCCCUGCCACAGGAUCCUAUACAGAAGAGGGGCAGAUCUAUGCCCCCUUUACUCAGAAAUAAAAAGAAGGGACCUUCUUCCCCAUACGAAUGGUCCUCACAAGCCAUGCGCGCUUUGGCAUGCGCACGUAACAUCCGGGAAUCUGUCAGGCAAGAAACUGGGGGCUCCUUAACGUCUUCCCCUUUGAUAUCGCCAUACCAAAGCCCGAGAGCAACCCCAGACAGGGAGUUUGGUGACGAUGGUAGGGGAAGGAGCAGAAAACCAAGGCAUCGAAUCGGAAAACAUUUCUCAAAACUGUUAGAUCUACGAAAGAAGCCGCCGGGCGGUCAGAGUUACCGCUCUGAUCUGGAUUCAGAAGCGGCUUCUGACGAUUACAGUGACUAUGAUUAUGAGAACAGAUAUGAGGAUCAGGAUGCUGAUGCCCCUGGAGAAUGUUUCUACAUUACCCGAAACCGGUCGCCUUCUCCUGAGGAGGAGUACGUGCCCUUUGCCCCCAGACGCCGAGUGACGUAUGAGGACGACAAUGACGAAGAUGAAUACCGAUCGAAGGUUCCAAAUAUUUCUUCGGAUUUCACCAUUACUCCAUACACGGCCUCCAAGUCAACUGAGGUCCAGAGGUCUGGUGUCACAAAUGACCUUCUGUACCACAAUGUUGUGGCAGAAACAGCAGCAAGAGCCAGGAAGCUGUUGGCAGAAACAGAUCUUGAUGAAUAUGAAAACGCUAGUCUCGUUUUGAGUGUUGAGGGGGAAUAUAAGGACCCCGAGCGUGGAGAAUUAGGAUUUCAGUACAUUUCAAGACCACUACAACUGAAGGGACCAAUGCUGGCCACAGGUCCGGGCACAUACGCCGUGGCUGUGGGCACCGACUCGGCCUUCGAAAAAUAUUUCAAGGAUAUGAGAUCCUUUAGAGAGGAAAUUAGAACGAGGCUAGAUAGUGGAUAUCGAGCUCUUAAAGAUGCAUCAAGAAGUUACAGAAGUUUACCUAGCUCUACAUACAGCUCUACAUACAGAGCCCUUCCAUCCACCGAAUCAUAUUCGCAUUCAUACCCCUCUGUAAGCUACAGAAAACGCCUAGAGGACGGGUCGGAAGACCAACUUGUCAUAUACCCUCUGAGUGAAAGAUCAAGAGGAGCUUCACCCGUCUCCACAGUAAGGGACGAGUCACCCGACAGGUUCAAAACUGUGGCUGUGUUUGAGAGUCCUGGGGAAGAGAUGAGGAUCUCCACUCUCGAUAAAAUCAAAAUCAAGGCGGCUCUUGUUGGAAGCAAGGUGGACGUAGUCCUCCCAAAACAUAAAAGACCCAAGUCAAAAUACGCCGCUGCCGUCAUCAGGGAAAUUAGCUUAAGGAAACAUUUGCAUGGCGAUGAGGUUGCUCCCGAGCCAGAAAUUCCUACAAGCCAUCUGCACGCUUCACCGAGGCCGGUUUACCUAUCAAGGGGCACAUAUGACGAUACAGAUGGCCUUGUGAAAAAACCUAAGAACGAUAUUCUCUCCUGGAAGCAUCGUCUAGAGUCUCGUGUAGCACCCAGCGAUCUCCUCUUUACACCCAAGGUGUAUGCUAACGUACGUUCCAAGUUACGGGACGUCCAAGAAAAAAUGGACCGUCACCGCCAAUUAAUGGAUCGCUAUUUAGACGCAGAAUCUUUAGCUCCUGACACAGAUAUAAAGACAAAAGUCUUGGCAAUGUAUAGUGAAAUGGAGGAGAGGGACCCUUUUUUUUACAGGGGAACAUUCUCUACCGCUACUACUAGAAGCUCGGCCCCAGUCACGGAAAGCAGUUCAAUGCCAUCGGUACGAGCUCGCACCCCCGCUCCUAGCACUUAUCGCUAUAUCCGUUUGCCUACGAAGUCAAAGGAUGAUGACUACAAACCAAUGUCGGACGUGCGCAGGCGCGUAAGGCGGGUAAUUUGCAAGAAUAGGAAGGAUCCUCUCUACUUCAAAUAAUGUCCUAUUUCAGGAAUUUAAGGUUUCCACUUGGAAGCCAGAUAAAAAAUAGUAUACUUCACAACAUCUCUGUCUGAUUGGAGGGAAUCGACCCAUCUCCUUGUCAUCUCCGGCAUAUAAAAGACUUUUUUCUUAUUUAUACAUAUUACCUAACUGUGGACAGAUGUAAUAUAUUUCUGCUUUCUGGUGAAAGAACUGUAAAUAAAUAUAUUAUUGCUUGAAAUCUAUGUGACUAGAUGGACUCUUUAAUGUUUUAGAAACAAGGCAACACUUGUGAUAUAUGUUGAGUUUGAACAUAACUGAGGAAAGUAGUUGUUAUACUGUAAUGUUUCGUUUGAACCUCCAUACAUCCUCUUGCGUUUCGCUAGUUUUUUCUUUACUGGAAAAAUCCGUUCAUUUGCAAAACGAGAUUUUGUAUAGAGGUAGAUCCGUCAAUGGAGUAUAUGUUUUCCUGCUUACCGUGCGGUUUGUUUUUGUAAAAAUUUGGAAAAGUUUAAUUUAUUUCUAACGAUGUCACGACAUUUGUUGUUACCAUGGCAUUGAUGCUACAUUAAAAAUCAAAGUUA